AUGAUAGAACUACUACAGUACAUGUACAUGUGCCUACCUCCACCAAUGGGUUCAACAAGAGCUCUUCGAGAAGGAUUCGCACUACUUGGCCAAGCGCUAAAGCACGAGGCGAAAGACCGAAGCGGCACUAAAGUCUGUCUCGCAUUGAGACCGGCCGUUUCCAUUGGCUCGUUGCUGGAGCUGGACGGGUUCCUGCAGGGAGGCACAGGGCAAAUGAAGUCUCGGCCAGGAACACCCGGAACCGCCAUUGUCGUCGAUGGCGCUCGGUGCAGGAACACGGCACCAACGGUCGCCGCAGCAUGUGCAGCAUGUGUGCUAGUCGACGGUAUAUCACACAGCAGAUCGGCGACGACAGAUGUGAUUGUGGUGGUGGUGGUGCAGUACUACCUACCUGACUGUAGUACGGGCGUCUGUCGCAGAGUGGCCGCAUGGGCAAUGUCGAGACUAUCUCUUCGAGACUCUUCGAGAGAGACUGAGAGUGGGUGGUGGUGGUGGUUGGCAACUGGUUGGCAAGGGGAAGGCGGUCUAGAAGCGGCGGGAGGGAGGCGAGGGAUGUCAAACGAGGAAGAAGAGGCGGCGAGUCGGGCUUAUGGGGGGCAGGGCAGCAGUAUUACUACUGUAGGAGGUGGAGGUAUCAGUAGUGGGUAG